UCGGCCCAGGUGCAGUGGCGGUGACACGCCCUCAGAAACCCGAAGCUCCCGGAAAAAGUUUGUUCUCUCGCUGUUUCGUUGAGUUUCUCUCCGUCGCAGUGAAACGCGACGGAUUCAGGCCCAGACAUUUGUGAAAAAAAACAUCUCGACCGAAGAGGAGCCUUAUUUAAAGACACCACAAGACAUUUGUCUUCGUUGGUAGGUUACCUGUGUCUGGUUGGCUAUAGGCUCGUGAUUUAUUUUGCUCGCAGGUGAAUUUGUUGACGAACACACGAAUCAUCUCCUGGCAACCAGGCCUACAGGUUCACCUCGGGGGCAAAACCGCCUAUGGACAACAUCGAAAACUAAGACACGAACAAGAAGAGGACUAGUUGGGGAGAGAAGAAGUAGUUCAGCUGUUAGAGGUCGGUUUGGUUUUUUAAUUGCAGCCGCCUAGUGCUGGCCCCUAAUGGACUACAUGGACAGCGGACUAAGAUACACCCCAAAGCCGGACAAAGACUGGGACACGUCUGUCCAGUUCCUGCCAGCAUCAGAUAACAAAAAGCUUGAGAAGAAAAAGGGUCCGGGGAGAAUCGGGGCUAUCAUCGGCGUGGUGGUCUUUGCUGCUGUUAUAGCCCUUAUGACCGGACUGCUGGUCUGGCAUUUCCAUUUCCGUGAUAAUGCACAACUCCCAAGGAUGUACAGCGGCUCCAUGCGGAUCACCAACCAGGUGUUCCAAGACGCCUACGAGAACUCCACCACCUCCGAGUUCAAGGCGCUUGCACAGCAGGUGAUAUCACAGCUCAAAGCCAUCUAUUCCAAAAGUUCACAGUUGAACAAAUACUAUGUUGGAUCUACAGUUCAGGCUUUCAGUGAGGGCAGUGUUAUUGCCUACUACCUGUCUGAGUUCAAAGUCCCUAUUGGCCAAGAAGCAUCUGUAGACGGUGCCAUGUCUUCAAUGGAGACUCUAGUGAACAAAGAGCGGCGCACACUCGCUAGACCUGGCAACUCUUUGGUCGUUGAAGAUGUGAUGUCUUCAGCAAUCGAUUCUCGAAUGUUGUCAACACAAUUCGGCAACACAUUCAGGUAUUCAGUACAUACAAAACUCAAUCAAAUAACGCAGAUCCAGUCCCCGGGCUUCCCCGACAGCCCUUAUCCCCCCAACACCUUCGCCCAGUGGCAGCUGAGAGCGGACCCGAACUACGUCAUCAAGCUUGUUUUUGAUACGAUACAUCUGGAGAAGGACUGCAAGAAUGACUUUAUCAAAAUCUACGACUCCCUGGUGGCCAUUGAGAGCCGCGUUAUGCAAGAGUUGUGUGGCUACUACUCACGCACUUCACAACUGACCUUUCUGUCUUCUGGUAAUGUGAUGCUGGUGACGAUGGCCACAAAUGACCAGCUGAACUACCCAGGUUUUAGAGCACAAGUCUCACAAGUCCGACGCGGAAGUCCAGGUACAACAUGCGGUGGCCAGCUGACGGGCGAGAACGGCAACUUCUUUUCUCCCAAUUUCCCAAAUUACUAUCCUCCUCGAACUACCUGCCAGUGGUCGAUCCAGGUCCCUGCUGGUAAGGGUGUGAAGGUGAAUUUCAAAAAGUUCCUUCUGGCUGAGCCUGGCUGGAAGGACAGGAAUGACUGUCCCAAAGACUACGUGGAGAUCAACGGAAAGAAACUGUGUGGAGAAAAGGUAGACGGAACGGUGACAGAAACCAGCAACCGCAACAUAAUGACCGUGGCGUUUUCCUCCGACUUCUCCAACGUGGACCGAGGUUUCAGUGCGUCGUACACGGCUAUCGAUGCCACAGACCCUUGUCCAGGCAAGUUCCAGUGCAAUAAUUAUCGCUGCGUUAAAACUGAGCUCAGGUGUGAUGGCUGGAAUGACUGUGGAGACAUGAGCGAUGAAGUAAAUUGCCAAUGCUCUUCAAACGAUAUCAGUUGUGCCAACGGGUUGUGUAAGCCCACGUUCUGGAAAUGCGACGGCGUAAAUGACUGUGGAGACGGCACAGAUGAGCUCAACUGUGGUAAAUGCCAAUUGGGACAAAUUACAUGUAAGAAUAACAAAUGUGUUUCGGAGAAGACGCAGUGUGACGGCAGGGAUGACUGUGGGGAUGGAACAGAUGAGCUCAACUGUCCAAGAGGCUCUGGUGUAGGCCCUUCUGUGAGCUGCACUGACCUUACAUAUAAAUGUAGUAACAAUAUAUGCAUCAGUAAAGUGAACCCAGAAUGUGACGGGACACCGGACUGUUCAGACGGAUCGGACGAGCAGAAUUGCGACUGCGGGACCGCUAUGUUCAAGACGUCUCGUAUUGUGGGCGGUCAGGACGCCGAUGCAGGGGAGUUUCCCUGGCAGGUCAGCCUCCACGCCAAAGGUUUCAACCACGUGUGCGGAGCGUCCCUCAUCGCUCCCAGCUGGCUGGUCACCGCCGCCCACUGUGUGCAAGAUGACCCCAAAACAAGGUUCUCCCAGCCCGGCACUUGGGAAGUUUACCUGGGCCUUCACGACCAGCAGAAGGUUGGAAAUGCGGUGGUGAAGAGGACCCUGAAGCAGAUCAUACCCCACCCCAACUACAACCACUACACCUUUGAUAAUGACAUCGCCCUGAUGGAGCUGUCCAGCCCUGUCACUUACUCCGAUUACAUCAGGCCCAUCUGCUUGCCGGCUCCCCAGCACGAUUUCCCUGUUGGUAGCACGGUGUGGAUCACCGGGUGGGGCGCCACUCGAGAAGGAGGAUUUGCUGCAAAAGUGCUCCAAAAGGCCCAGGUCCGGAUCAUCAACCAGGGGGUGUGUAACGAUCUGAUGGGAGGGGAGAUCACGUCUCGGAUGAUGUGUGCCGGUGUGCUGACCGGAGGCGUUGAUGCUUGUCAGGGGGACUCUGGCGGCCCUCUGUCCAGCCCAUCCGGCAAAGGUAUGUUCCUGGCAGGAGUGGUCAGUUGGGGGGAUGGCUGCGCCCGCAGGAACAAACCCGGAAUCUACACAGCAGUCACCAAGUUCCGUGGCUUUAUCAAAGAAAAGACAGGAGUGUAGAUAACUGCAAAGUGGCCAAACAAGGCCAUAUGGACACUGAUGACACUGACUUUCCAGCUGAUGCUGUGGCCUCGACUCCCAGUCUCAGCCGCAGUGACAAAGGCACUGUUUGCUUGAAGAGCAUUCGCAACACAUUUUGCGUCCACUGUGAUUUUUAUGAGGGUGGGGUUGAUGAAAUGUUUUUAAAUGUAAAUAAAUGUUUUAAUUCUGUUGUUGUUGCUGUUUUAACGUGUUUCAGAGAAUAAUGUCAUGUGGUGCACAAGAAAUAGACUUUAGGUGUGAUUGUUACAUAUGUUCACGAAUGAAAUGUGCAUCAUUGCACUCUGUUGGCCUAUGUUCUUUCAGUGGAUAAAGUAUAUAAUAAGAAUCUCCCUCCACUUCUCCUUGUUUGUUCUGAAUUGUGUAAAUUAAAAACAAAAUGACAGCAAACUAAUUCCAUCUUACCUCAUUCCAUCUUACCUCCUAUGGCUUGGUAUCGUACACAUUUAUCAUUCAUUUUUAGUCACCUUUUUUCAAUAUGGAUGGCAUUUCAUUUGAACAGCUGGAACUGAUUUAUCUAUUGGCAUAAGACCCAUCCGCAUAAACUGAGUUUAAUCUUUCAUGUUUAAUUUGAUAAUAUGACAGGUCUUGUCCAUCACAAUAUCCAUAAUCUUGUCAGUUGAAUCCAUCUCUAGUCAUUGUAAAUUCUGUGUUUUAUAGCCGAUGUUUUUAAAUAAAAAUUUUAUUAUAACCUCCAA